AUGUUAAGAAAGAUUACUUAUGGAUGUUAGAUAUCGUUGUCCUUAUGUAGUGAAAAUGAGACCUAUCUUUCAACUGACUAACUUAAUGAUAAUUUAUUAGUUCAUAAGGUAAUGCAUCAGAAUGAGAUUCUGAACUUUGAAAAAUGCAUUUUUAUGAUCAUACCUGUUCUAAAUCAUUUUUGGGUGGGCAAAUUAGUAGAGCUAGUUAAAAAUGACAUUGACAAAGAAAUCAAUAAAAAGGGUAGUUUAAUUGAGCAUGAUAGAAUCCACAAUUUAAUCUAGACAAUAGACUAUAAAAUCUUAUGAAAACAAUCUUGAUGAAGAGAUGAUGGCCAAUAUUUAAUGUUUCCAAAAACUACAAGACACUUCAUUACUAUUUGGAACUUCCACUUUUCAUUUAGUUCACAAAGAUUCUCUACGAUUUGUAAUGAUUGAUCAAGAAUCAGUUUAAUUAGUGGAAUUUCCAACUGAUUACACAGUAUUACAUUUUCAACCAGUUUAUUAAUAUCAGAAAUAGAUCUCAUGUAUUUUAGAUUAGGAAACUGUAACAUUGUGUGCUGCAAAAUCAAUAUAAAAUAGAAAAUGUUAUUUAAGAUUAAUUUCUAAGGAUUAAGCAGAUUAAGUGUCUUCUACAUAAAUAAAUCCAACUUAUUUAAAAAUGAAUUUAUAUAGUAGUUUAUAAGAAAAUGAGGAUUUAUUAUAUGCAGGAGAUUUGAUUGCAAUAAAUUUAAGUGAAACAAAUGUACAUAAUAAAUCAUAUUAUUUAAGUUAUUUUUGAAUGCCAAAUAACCAUAUGAUACAUUUCAUGAAAUAGCUGAAUAUUAGAUAUAAAGAUUAUAAAAUUAAUUAACUUCAUUAACAUUAACAAAAAUUAUAUAUGAAGAUCUAAAAGUGACAUUUGAUGAUGUAAUAGAAAGAGUAGGUAUGAAGAGAAUUUAGAAACUUUAAAGUAGUUCAUAUUGGAAAAUAGAAAAAACAAAUGGAUAAGGAGGAUAAAUAUAAUUUUAUUAAUUAGUUAGAUUUAAACAUAAUCAAUCCUCUAGAUAUUUGGAAUUAUUAAAUGGUGAUCCUAUUUUAACAAAUUAAUUAAGCAAAUUAUCAUUAUUUAUGUUGAUACCUAUAGAUGAAGGAUAAAAGGUAUUGAAAAAGGAUUCUUAUUUUAAAAUACAACAUUAUUAAUCUGGAAUAUAUUUGUAGGAUCAUAAUAAUAAAUAAGAAAAUAGAAAUAUUAAUAUUUUAAGAUUAAGAAAGAUAGGAGAUUAUGAAGAUACUGAAACUAAAUUACUUUAAUAUUCUGUUAAGAUUUUUAUUGAAGCAAUAGAAUUAUUAUAAGAAAUUAAUGAUCAAGAAAUUAAAUGUUCUUCAUAUGAUAUUAAAAAUAAAGAAGGUGAGAUUAGAUUAAAAAUUAAGUUUUAUUUUAUUUAUUAAAAAGUUAAGUAAAUAUUAACAUAUGUAAGUGAUUUUUUGAUGAAUAAAUUAAUUUUUAAUUUAUCUCCUAAUUAAAAAUAUAAUUAAAUAUCAUUCAUUAGAUAAGAUGUAAUAAUUUCAUUUUUCAUAUUAAUUUUAGUCAUUUAGAUAAGAACCUCUAUUCCCUCUUAUUUGUUUAUUGUUUUAAAUGCUAAAACCAGAAUUAGUUGAAUAAAUUGCAUCAAAUGAUAAAGAUUUUUUUGAAAAAGAGGAGAAAUUCUAUUAGAGUACUAAAAAUAUUAAUAGAGCAGAUAGAGAUGAAGGAAGAAUUAUUUAUUAUUAUAGCUUAUAAAUUAAAAUACUAUAAGUAUAAUUAAUUGAAACUAUUAACAUUGUAUAUAAUUAUCAAUAUAUAUUUAUAGAUUUGUAAAGACAAUAUUGAAAAUUAGAAUUGCUUUUUUUAGUUUUUACCCAUACUCCAUAAACAUAUAAUACUAUAUCCUGAAUUUAUAGCCAUUUUAAAUAGUCUUGUUUGUAAAAAUCGUUUCUUUCUAGAAGAUCUCUCUAAAAUUAGAAAGAGUAUUAUAUACUUAUUUAUUUUUUAUUAGUUUCAUCAAAAAAACAAAAUAAAAAUACAUUCAUUCUUGAAUGGUUGACAGAAAAAGUAUCAUUAAGUUCUACUGCUAAAACUGAAAUACCUUUUAGUUAAAAAACAGAAAUUUUACAUUUUUUAGCUGCAUGUUGUUCUUUUGGAGUAGAGGCAAUAUUUGCAAAUUAAGAGAUGGUUUUUAAGACAUUAAUUAAUAAAAAGAAAAAUAUUACAUUAAUGAAAUGUGUAGUAGAUGAUGAAAAGAAUAUUAUGGUUACUUGCAAUAGUAAAAUAGGAUAAGUAUCUAUUAAAUUUGAAUCUUAUUUUGAACAUGCUCAUAAAAAUUCAAAUCCACAUUUUUAAGAAGAACUUAAUUUUUUAAAAGCUUAAUUCUUUUUAUAUUCAUAAUUAUGUUUAUAGAGAAAUUAUGAUUCCAUUAAAUAUUUUGGAGAACAAUUUAGUGACAAUUCCCUAGUUCCAUUAUUAAAUAAUAACUUAAUUGAUCCUGAAUUGAGAGCCCAUUUAAUUGCUCUCUGUAAAAACAUCUACUUAGAUAGGGAUCCUUUAAUUUCUCAAGUAAAACCAACCUUAAUUCGAGUUAAUAUUAGCAAUAGUUAAACAUUUUUUGACAAUAUGUUUUAUGAAGAUGAAGAUGGAAUUUUUGAUAAAGUAGAAUUAGAAACUAAAUCUUUAUACUAUGUUAUUUUACAAUUCAAAGAGAUAUUAAGUUCUUAUCUAAGAUAAAUGGUGAAGAAUCUACAUGAAUAAUAACCAUAGAAAGUAUAUAAUCUUCUUACUUUACAAAUUAUGAGAAUUUUAUUUAUGUUAUUAUAAUUUGGAUGGUUUUCUAAAUAAAGUGAUGAAUUUAAUAAUAAUAGAAUGGAUGAUUCAAAAGAAAUUGAAUAUGCAUUAGAAAGAUUAAUUUAAUAAUUGUCAUUAUUACUUGAAUAUGAUUUUGAUUAUUAAAAGGCUCAUUCUAAAUUGAAAUCAAAAAAUGUUAAUGAAAAAUUAGCAAAAAUUAUUAAAAUAUAAUCUUUAAAGUUCUUUAGAAAAACAGAAUAAAAGAAAAUCAAUAAGAGUAGCAUCGAGACAAUUAGAGAUCCACUUUUAAGAAAAUUAUAGAAUGUUAAAAGAGUACUUAAUAGAUUCUAUAAUAAAACAUUUAGUGCUCAAACUAAUACUUCAGAUUAUGAAAUUGAAAUAAAGAUAGAGAUAUGUAAAAUAUUUUAAUAUCUAUUGGAUAUGAGAUUAGACUUUAUGAUUGAUAAUGCAAUUGCUUUUUUUACUAAUACAUUUUUGCCUUAAAUUUUAAAAAAGUUCUCACAUUCAGAAAAAUAACAAUUACGUGAUUCUUCUGAAAAUAAAACUAAUUUAUAACAUCAUAUAGUUUAUUAUAGAUAGAAAUAUUUAACAUCUUUAUAAGGAUUAUUAAGAGAAGAUCUUCUUAAACCAGGAUAAAAGAAGUUUUAAUAAAGAGGAAUAAAAGAUCAUGUAUAAAUAAAUAGAAUAAGACAUUUUGAUAGAAUUAUUGAUCGUCCAUUUGUAGAAGUUUUAUUAAAAGGAUUUUAUUUUGCAAAUGAUAAUGUGUUAUAAAAUCAUAUUGUAGAAUUAAUUGAAAGAUAUUAAAAUUAAAGAUCUGAAUUUUGUAAUUACUUAAAGUAAAUAUAAAUGAUAAUGACAAAUAAUUUAUAGAUUAUUUAUAGAACUAUGUACAUUUUAGUUUAAAAGCUUAAAAAUAAUGUUCAGAAUUCUUAAAUUUGGUUGCGUUUGGAUAUUCCAAUAGCAUUAAAUGAAAAAAAUGAAGAAACAAUUGAAAAAGUAUUAGAGAAAUUAGUUGAAAUUUAUACAAUAAUAUCAAAAAAUGAAUCAAAUGAAAAAUCAGUAAGAAGAAUAUUCUUAAAUUGUGGUGGAUAUUAAGUUGUAUAUUAAUUAAUUGUAAAAUGUUUAUCUGUAAUUGAUGUAAAUAUGAAUAUAUUUGAAUGCAGUUUUGAAUUAACAGAAUAUGAUGAAUAGAAAUAAUAUUAAUAAGAAUUAGUAGAGAAGAUUCUAUCAAUAUUUUAAGCAUGUCUUAAAUUAAUAGGUUUAUCUGUUAGAAAUGAUUAAUAAAAUUAAGAGUAAUUUAUAUUAUUAUUAUUAUAGGUAUGUUCUAAUCAAAUUAGCAAGACCAUUAUUAAGAUAUAAUAUGGUUAAUUUAGGUUAGAUAGAAUUAAUAAAUGAGUUAUUUUCUAAUAAUCAUAAUUUAUUACCUUUAGUUAAUUCAAAUGAUUUGUAUUAGUUAUUAGAAUAUGUCAAAUUAUAUGGGAAAUAUUAAUCAUUUAUAGAACUAUUUACAUCCAUUGUUAGAAAUAAAUAAUGUUAAUCUCUCUAUAAAGAUAUCUAUUAAGCUUUAGUAUAAUGUGAAUCAAAAGACAUAAAUGUAAAUCUAAUGGAUAAUAACAUUUUAGCCAUUCUAAGAUAACUAUAACUUUUAGAAAUUCUAUCCAAAUUAACCUAAUAUUGAAGAAUUUCGUUAGAGUUUUCUCAAAAUAGUAGAUGUGGUCUUAAUACAUGAUGAUAGAGCAGCAUUAUCAGUAAAAAUGUUGGAAGUACUUGAUUUCACUGAUUUGACAUCAUAUUUUUUAGAAAAGACUUAGGAAAUGAGAAAUACAAACUUAGAUUUAGAAUUAUAAGAUAGCAUAACAAAAGUAAAUUAUAUCUAUAUAUAGAUUAAAUUUGUAAUUUGUAGAAUAAUAAUUACUUUAUCAAAGAAGAAAAAGAAAUUAUUAUUAAUUCAUGAGAAUUAUUUUCUAUAAAUUAUAAGUAUUGAAGCAUAAUGGCUAGAAUAAUAAGAGUUUUUGUAAAUAUCUGCUAAGACUUAUAUUGUUGAAGGAUUAUUACCAUUAAUAAAUACAUAUAAUGAAUAUGCAAAUAAAAAGAAUUCUUUUAAAACAGACAUAGCAUAAAUUAGAAGUUAUGCUUUAAGUGUUUUAAAAUAAUAUUCAUAAUUAACUAAAAAUAGUGAUACUUCAACUAAAUAUUAAGUUCAUAGAUUGGUAAAAGCAUUUGAUUUAAAACUUCCUGAUGAAAGAAGUGAAUCAGAUUCAGAUUAAGAAGGAUUAAUGAGUGAUAUAAAUGGAGAGACAUUUAAAACUGAAAAAUUUGAAGAAUAUUAAAUAACUGAUGGUAGUGAUGGUUCAGAUUAAGGUUGUAAUGAUUUAGAAUUAUGGGAAUUCUUUAAGAAAUUAUUUGAUAAUAAUCCAAAAAUAAAAGAAUUAACAGAAACUGAUCAAUUAGCUUAAUCAAUUUGGCAUGUAAGUGAUAUGUUUACUAGUGAUUUUUGGGGAGAUAAAGAAAAGAGACAAUUAAUUCUUACUAAUAAUGAUAUGUUAUAAAAGAUUUUAGCUUUUCUUUAAUUUUGGAAAUCAAAUAAAGCAUCAAAAUAAAGUGCUAUUUUUGCAUUAAAGUUAUUAAUACAAAUAAUAAAAAUUGAUUAGAAUAGAAUAAAAAUACUUGAUUAAUUAGGAGGAACUAAAAUAAUUUUAACAUUAAUUUGGGAAGAGAAUGAAAGUGAAAAUGAUUACAUCAUUUAAUUAUUGAUUUUAAUUAAAGAACUUAUGUCUUGUAAGUAAGUAUAAAAGACAACCUUAACAUUUUUGAGUCUUGCUAUUUCUAGUGACAAAUUCUUUUAAAAAAUGGAAAUGCUUUUAACAAUAGAAUAAGAUUUAAAAAUAUGUACUUUAGUAUUAUAAAUAAUGGAAUUGAUGUGUAAUGAUAAUAAUAAAGAAUUAUAAAAUUUAAUUCGUUAUUAAAAGAAUAAUAAAAAGUCAUAUGAUCUUGUUUAAUAGACAAUUAAUUAUUUAUGUUCUUUAGAUGUUAAAAAUAAUUAUGAAUAACUUAUUUAAUGCUUAAAAACUCUAAAAUCUUAAGCAUAUGCAUGUAGACCAAAUUAAACAUUAGUAGCUAAUUCAAAAUUUGUUGAAUUCUCUAUUAAAGUAUUAAAUGACUCAUCUCUAAAAUUAUAAUUGGAUGAUGUACAAAUAAUUUAAUUAAAACAUUAAUGUUUAAUUAUUUUAUUAGUAGUUGCUGAAAUUAAUACUAAAGAUGAUUAUAUUGUAUAGAAAUUAAAAAAAAUAGUUCCUAAAACAGUGUUAAUUUAACAUUUUGUAAAUGUUUAUAGUCAAAUGGUGAACUUAUUUGGUGAAGAUAAUUACUCUAAAUUAAUAUUUGUAAAUCAACCCAAUUUUAUUAUGGAAAGUGGAUUUAAUGCAUAUAUUUUAUAUGUGAUAUUAUCAGAAUUAAAUUAUGUAGUUGAAGAUUUAGAAGAAUUUUAAAAAAAUAAUGAUGAAGGAUAAUUAGUAUAGGAUUUCUUAAAGGAUAAUAUAUUAAAUGAAUUAUCAAGAUUAGGAUAAUCUUUAAUGAAACAUGGAUUGGAAUAAUUAAAUUAAAUCAAAUAAUAAUUUAGUGGAUAAGUUGAAGAAAAGAUGAAUAUAAUUAAAAAACAUGAAAUGAUGCAUAAAGCUUUUCAAUUUUAUAAAAUUAAUACAUUAUAAGUUGAAUUUGUAAAAGAUGAUGUACUUUACCUAACAUAUUUUCCUAAACAGCCAUGUUUCUACUUAUUAAGAUAAGAAAUUAAAAAAAAAUUCUUGGAUCAAGCAGAUAGAACAAGUACUAAAACUAAAAUAAUCAGUCUGGUUAACUUUGUAGAUUCAGCCUAUAAAUUUAUGUUGCAUUAAGAAGCUCUUAGAGAUUACUUUAAGAAACACAAGUUUUUAGAGAUUCUGGCUAGAAGAGGUAAAUUAUGGAUGUAACUUGCAUUCUAUAAUGGAUUCUUAAUAAAUUUAAUAAUAAUUUUAAGUUAUACACAAUUAGCAUUUCCACCUGGAUAUAAACCAACAGAUUCUGAUGUAAUUUAAUAUUAUCGAUUAAAUGAACCAAGAUUUUUAGGAGAUUAUAAUAAUACAAAUACUAAAUAUUAUUUAAUGAUGUUGGCUUAUUUAAAUUUAGCUAUAAAGUAAUAUAUAUUUAUAUUAUAUUAGUUUUAUGGUUUUGUUUUUUUAUCUCAUUGACAAAGCACCUGUUAAACUAUAAUUUGUUUGGAAUGCUUGGCAUGCAUCUUCACUAAUUGGACACUUAAUUUCUGGUUUAAUUAAAGUGAUUAUCUCAAUCAUUGUUUUAGUCAUUGAUUUCGACAUUAUAUACUAUAUUCUUUAGAUAGCGUUUAAUAUUAUUGGAAUUACAAUUCAUCCAUUUUUUUUGGCAUUUCAUUUAAUUCAUAUUCUGUAUUUGGAACCACUCAUACCAAUAUUAAAAGCUGUUUGGUUGGCUAAAUUUAAAUUUAUUGGAUUAUGGUUUACAAUUGUACUUUUUGAAUAUUGGGUAGCCUUAAUAUCUUAUGUUUAUUUCUUUGAAUUUUUCAUUACUGAUAAAAAUCAAAAUCUUUGUAAUCAUUUAUGGUAAUGUGUUUAUGUCACAUUUGAUUGGACAUUUAAAACAGAUGGAUCUGUAGGAGGUAGAUUCAUGGAAAAUAUAGGAGAAUAAGCUGAGGAAAUGUAUAUGAGCAAUCUCAAUAAUUAUUAUGGUAGAUUCUUCUAUGAUAAUAUUGUAAAUAUCAUCAUAAAAUUAUGUAUCAUAAAUGUUCUAUUGGCUGUCAUUAUUAUUUCAUACUCAGAGUUGAGAUCAGUAUAAAAGUAGAAGGAAAAGGAUUAAAAUCAUAAAUGUUUCAUUUGUGGUAUAGAUAGACUAGUUUUUGAUAGAACUAGUCAAAACACAGGAUUUUGGCAUCACAUUAAAGUUGAACACAAUAUUUGGAAUUAUCUAUUCUAUAUGUGUUAUUUGAGAAUGAAAUAAUCAGAUUUUAAUAAUGGUGUUGAUAAUUAUAUAAGAGCUAAACAAUAAGCUAGUGAUUAUUCAUGGUUUCCCAUAAGAAGAGCUAAAGCACUAUCUCUUAAGUUACAACUCCUUGAAAGUGUCAAUCAAAAAGUAAAUUAUUAUGUAUUAUAAUUAGAAUGCAACAUCAAAGUCUAAACUAAUUGGCUUAUUUCAUUCCUUAAGAAGACUUGUUUGGAUUCAUAAAUAAUUCUGA